AUGCCAACGGCAAUCGCCCUCUGCAAGUUCGUGGGCACCAUCAGCCUGGGCCUGUUGACGGGCGUCUCCUACACCCUCUCAACGCAGUCCCUCCCCUCACUCCUCACCCUCCCCUCCGCGAAGCCCGCGGCAUAUACGCUCAGCCAAACGACACGGUUGGCAACCCUCCACGUCCGAACACUAUCAGCCAUCUCCGCCGCCAGCUUGUUCCUCGCCUUUUACCUCUCGCCACCCCGAAUUCGACAUCCUUAUCUCGUCUGGACGGGUCUGGUUGCGGCAGCGAGUGGAGCACUGAACCUUGCGAUGGAUAAGAGCGCGAAGCAGCAUGUGGCGAUUGAUGAGGUCGGGGAUGUCAAUGGGGAGCAGGUGGAGAAGAGGGCGAGGGAUCAGCAGUAUUUGGAGUUUGUGAGGACGGGCGUGGCUGGGUUGGGGUUCACGAUGGGGGUGAUUGGGGUUUGGGGAGAUGGCGCUUAG